AGUAAGUGGGAGGUCAGGUGGCCCCAGUAAAAAGUCAGGCCACAUAGUCGGUGAAAGCCAAAGAACACACUAAAAUAGUAGGUGGGUUCUGUCCAGAAAUUUCAAAUUGCAGUAAUUAAUCCUAAUCCCUCACCCAUAUAUACCCCCUUCUCCUCACUCUCUCACACACCAACACCCUCCCCUCUCUCUCUCUCUCUCUCUAGAAAUUUCAAAAGCAAAGACUCUGUUUUUCUUUAGCCUCAGCUCCCCUGCUUCUCUGUUUCUCCCAAACUCUCUGAAGCUUUAGCUAAUUAAGCUUAAUGGCCAAGGACGUUGAAGUUGCAGAGAGAGGCUCUUUCUCAGCCAAGGACUACCAUGACCCACCUCCUGCACCACUCUUCGAUGCAGUGGAGCUCACCAAAUGGUCCUUUUACAGAGCUCUCAUAGCUGAGUUCAUAGCCACUCUUCUUUUCCUCUAUGUCACUGUGCUUACUGUGAUUGGGUACAAGAGCCAGUCAGAUACAACUGCCAAUGGUGACGCUUGUGGUGGGGUUGGGAUUCUGGGUAUUGCUUGGGCCUUUGGGGGCAUGAUCUUUGUCCUUGUUUACUGCACUGCUGGGAUUUCAGGAGGUCACAUUAAUCCUGCAGUGACAUUUGGGCUGUUCUUGGCUCGCAAGGUGUCGCUGGUCAGAGCUGUUUUGUACAUGGUGGCUCAGUCUUUGGGGGCUAUAGCCGGUGUUGCUUUGGUCAAGGCUUUCCAGGAGAGCUACUACACCAAGUAUGGCGGUGGAGCCAAUGAGCUCAGUAAAGGCUACAGCAAAGGAGUUGGGUUGGGUGCUGAGAUUAUUGGGACCUUUGUGCUGGUUUACACUGUGUUCUCUGCUACUGACCCCAAGAGGAGUGCUAGAGACUCCCAUGUUCCGGUUUUGGCUCCACUGCCAAUUGGGUUUGCUGUGUUCAUUGUUCACUUGGCCACAAUCCCAAUCACUGGCACUGGCAUCAACCCUGCUAGGAGUCUUGGAGCUGCUGUCAUCUACAACAAAGACAAGGCUUGGGAUGACCAAUGGAUUUUUUGGGUUGGACCCUUCAUUGGUGCAGCCAUUGCAGCCUUCUACCACCAAUUCAUCUUGAGAGCAGGAGCUGUCAAAGCCCUUGGAUCAUUCAGGAGCAACCCCCAUGUUUGAAUAUUUUCAGAGACUCCAUGAAUUGAAGUUGCUUCCUUUGUCAUGGUUAGGGUGGGAAACAAUGGAAGAAGGCAUCAUGGGAUUUGAAAAAGAAUAAGUUACAAUGGCUAGUAUUUAUUAUUUGUGCUUUUAUAACGGCUAGUAUUUAUUAUAUGUGCUUUUAGCUUAUGCUUGUGUAUGAAGGUUUCUUUUUCUCCUCUCUCUCAAUUUCCUUUAGAAAGAGGGGCUGAGAGGGUCAUUAAGUUGUAGAUACAGUCAGGUUGAAAAGGAGGAGCUUUUUGUACCCCUUACUGCUUCUCCAAACACUUGCCUUUGAAUUUACUUCAAUGUCAUUUUCAUUUCCAUCUCUCCUCCU